AUGAAAGAUAGUCCCCCAAAUUAUCAAAAAGAAACACAAGCAACAGACGAUUAUAAAGAUAUUGAAUUCCUUCAAUGGCUUUCAUUCUUUUUAUUAAUUGUUUUAAUUCCAAGUACAAUUUGGUUAUGGAAGAAGUUCCAUCCAAAGCCAACACCAAAACAAUUCGAUUGUACUUGUGAAGGUUGCGAAAAGAAAUCAAAUGAAAAAAUUAAUAUUGAAAAGGCAGAAAUGAAAUCAACUCUCAACAAAGUUAAACUUUAUUCAGUUGUUCUCCUUUGGUUAUUAUUUGCAGGUUUAAUGUUUAUCGUUGUUACAAGUAAACAUGAAGUUGUCGAACCAUAUAAUCCAUAUAAAAUUUUAAACAUUGAAGUUGGUGCAAGUGAAUCAGAAAUUAAAACAGCCUACAGACAAUUAUCAAAGAUUUACCAUCCAGAUAAAAACCCAGAUAAAGAAGAUUUAUAUAUGGAAGUUUCAAAAGCCUACAAAACUUUAACAGAUAUAGCUACACGUGAAAAAUGGGAGAAAUAUGGUAAUCCAGAAGGUCCACAAAGAAUGAGUGUCGGUAUUGCAUUACCAUCAUGGUUAAUCAACAAGAAUAAUUCACCAGUUGUUUUAACAGCAUAUUUAUUGUUAUUAGUUGUAGCAUUACCAACUGCAGUUUUCUAUUGGAAUAAGAGUACUACAUCAAAAUUAUUGGCACCAAUCGAACAACAAACUCUUGCUCUCUAUUAUCAUGUUAUUGACGCACAAACUCGUCUUAAAGCAAUGAUUGAAAUUCUUGCUGCCUCCACUGAAUACAAAUCUGCACUUCCAGAUAGAAAAUCAGACGAAGAAAACUUAAAAGUAUUAUAUCAAAAGAUCCCAAAUGAAUAUAAAGUAAAAACACCACGUUUUGGUGCAGCAUACAUUGUCAAAGGUACAAUCUUAUUAUAUGCACACAUCACUCGUAUUAAUUCCAAAGAUAUGGCUCCAACUCUUAAAGAAGAUUUACAACACAUUUUAAAGACCUAUCGUCAUUAUUUAACUGGUGCCUUCCAAAUUACAAGAGAAAAACGUCAAUUAGCUGGUUUAGUUGAAAUUUGUCGUAUGUCACAAUGUAUUAUGCAAAGCGCUUGGGAAGAUCAAAGUCUUAAACAAUUACCACACAUUGACAAUGUUUUAUUACAAUCACUCAAAAGCAGUGGUUACUCUGAAAUCUCCAAAUUCAAAAAUAUCGAUAAAGAAAAGAGAAAGGAACUCUUAGCUAAAGGUUCACUUAACGAUCGUCAAAUUAAAGAUGUUGAAAAUAUUCUUGAAAAGAUCCCAUGUCAAGUUGGUGUUAAAUACAAGAUCUCAUCAGAUUCACCAACUCUUUUAGCUAGCUCAGUCUGUAUUUUAGAAAUCGAAUUCACCGAUCAAAUUGCACUCAAGAAACAAAAACAAGAAGAUGCCUUAGCUGCCGCUUCAACAAAGAAACCAGCUGCCGCUUCAAUCAAAGGUGGUGCUAGAAAGAGAGUUGUUAACAAAAAACAAACUGGUGCCGAUAAAGGAGAUAAAGCUAUUGAAGAUAAAUCUGAUGACGAAGAAGAACAACAAGAAGAAUCAUCUCCAAAAGAAGAAAAGAAACCAAAGAAAGAAAAGAAACAAAAAGAAAAGAAACUCGACGAAGACGGUAAUGAAAUCGAAGAUGAGGAAAAUGAUGAUUCAGAUUCAGAUUUCGAUUCAGAAUAUUCAGACUCUGACGAUGAUGAUACUUGGGAAGCAACACCAAAGAAAUCUUUAAUCAAUCCAGCCAAAGAACUCUAUCACACUCCAUUCACUUUUGAUGAUAAACCAGUUAGUUUCUGGGUUAUUUUAGGUAAUCGUUCCAAAAAUGAAUUGGUUGCUUUAGGUAAAACUGAAUCCUUUGCACCAGGUCAAACUCUUAAAAUUCCAUUCCUUUCAAGCGCCGAAAUUGGUAAAUGUAAUUAUACACUUUACGUUUUAUGUGAUGGUUAUAUAGGCUGUGAUAUCGAACAAGAAAUCUCUAUUAACUUGGAGAAAAAUCCAAGACCAAUCAUUGUUCAACAACCAAAUUUACCACCACAACAACCACCACCAGCAGCAAAAGAACAACCAACUGCCCAACAAAAACCAAAACAACAAGAACAAAAACCAGUUGCCGCCGUCCAACAAGAACAACCACCAGCUGUCCAACCACAACCACCAGCAAAUCCACUUUCACCACAACCAAAACCAUUAACCCAAAAACAAAUUAAUCAACAACAAAAACAAAUGAAAAAACAAAUGAAAGCUCAAGCCUCAUCAAGCUCAUCUUCACCACCAGAAAAAGAAAAAGCUAAAAUCAUAUCUGAAGAUUCAGAAUAA